UUCUCCCUCUCAGAACCUUCCUGCCGCCGCGUUCGGACCUCGCUGCUUCAGCCUCCGGGUCCCGUUCCAUCUUUUCACCCUGCGACCAGCAGCAGAGAAAAACUAAUUCCGUAUUAUUUUUUUGCCCCGUACAUACUUUGAGGCGAGCAAAAAAGAUUAGAAUAAAUUUUAACAAUGAGGGAAAUCGUGCACAUCCAGGCCGGUCAGUGUGGCAAUCAGAUCGGUGCCAAGUUCUGGGAGGUGAUCAGUGAUGAACAUGGCAUCGACCCCACCGGCACCUAUCAUGGGGACAGCGACCUACAACUGGACCGCAUUUCCGUGUACUACAAUGAAGCCACAGGUGGCAAAUAUGUCCCUCGUGCUAUCUUGGUGGAUCUAGAACCCGGAACCAUGGACUCUGUUCGCUCAGGUCCUUUUGGUCAGAUCUUCAGACCAGACAACUUUGUUUUUGGUCAGUCCGGGGCAGGCAACAACUGGGCCAAGGGCCACUAUACAGAGGGAGCCGAGCUGGUUGACUCGGUCCUGGAUGUGGUUCGGAAGGAGGCCGAGAGCUGUGACUGCCUGCAGGGCUUCCAGCUGACCCACUCACUGGGUGGGGGCACUGGCUCCGGAAUGGGCACCUUGCUCAUUAGCAAGAUCCGUGAAGAGUAUCCUGACCGCAUCAUGAACACCUUCAGCGUGGUGCCCUCACCCAAAGUGUCCGACACUGUGCUGGUGGAGAACACUGAUGAAACCUACUGCAUUGACAACGAGGCCCUUUACGACAUAUGUUUCCGCACCCUCAAGCUGACCACGCCAACCUACGGAGACCUGAACCACCUCGUCUCGGCCACCAUGAGUGGAGUCACCACUUGCCUCCGCUUCCCUGGCCAGCUCAACGCUGACCUCCGCAAGCUGGCCGUCAACAUGGUGCCCUUCCCACGCCUCCACUUCUUCAUGCCUGGCUUUGCCCCUCUAACCAGCCGUGGCAGCCAGCAGUAUCGAGCCCUCACUGUCCCUGAGCUCACUCAGCAGGUCUUCGAUGCCAAGAACAUGAUGGCUGCCUGUGACCCCCGCCAUGGCCGGUACCUCACCGUGGCUGCUGUGUUCCGUGGGCGGAUGUCCAUGAAGGAGGUAGAUGAGCAGAUGCUCAACGUGCAGAACAAGAACAGCAGCUACUUCGUGGAAUGGAUCCCCAACAACGUCAAGACAGCUGUUUGCGACAUCCCACCCCGUGGUCUCAAGAUGGCAGUCACCUUCAUUGGCAACAGCACAGCCAUCCAGGAGCUGUUCAAGCGUAUCUCAGAGCAGUUCACGGCCAUGUUCCGCCGGAAGGCCUUCCUCCACUGGUACACAGGUGAGGGCAUGGACGAGAUGGAGUUCACCGAAGCUGAGAGCAAUAUGAAUGACCUCGUCUCCGAGUACCAGCAGUACCAGGAUGCCACCGCAGAAGAGGAAGAGGAUUUCGGUGAGGAGGCCGAAGAGGAGGCCUAAGGCCAAGUCCCUAUCACCUUAGGCUUCUCAAUCCCCUCAGCCUUCUUCCUCAACGACCCCUUUCCUCUCCCUCAGAAUUUGCAUUUUCUGCCUCUAUCUUGUUUUUCUUUUUUGGGGGGGAUUCUAGAACAGUGCCUGGUACAUAAUAGGCGCUCAAUAAAUAUUUGUUGUUUGUUGAA